AUCACAAGCUUCCAUAAAUCUCAUUGUAUCUUCUUUCUCACUAUCCCAGAGAUACAUAUAACUACAUAAACAAGAAGCAGGCUAAAUAUUGCCCAGAAAGUUUUUUUCCUUUUGGAUCAAGUUGAAAAGAGUGUCACAUUUACAAAUGGGGAUUACUUCUUUGCAAGUUUGCAUGGAUUCAUCCAACUGGCUACAGGACACAAUUCACGAGGAAACUGAACUGGAUUCAUCUUCUUCACCAUCUGGUGACAUUUUCACAUGCUCAAGGCCUUUAAUAGAAAGAAAGCUAAGACCCCAACAUGACCAACCUCUCAAAUGCCCUAGGUGUGACUCAACGCACACCAAAUUCUGUUACUACAACAAUUACAGCCUUACUCAGCCUAGAUACUUUUGCAAAUCAUGUCGAAGGUACUGGACUAAAGGAGGUACUCUAAGAAAUAUUCCUGUUGGAGGUGGAUGUAGAAAGAACAAGAAAGUUUCUUCCAAGAAAUUGUCUAAUGAAAAUGCUACUAAUUACCAAAAUCCUGGAUCAUCCUCAUCUUCUAUUUCUAGUUUCCCAGAAAUGGCAUUUUCCCACUUCACCAACUUUAUGGGAAAUAAUAAUCCUACUAACUUCAUGCUUGAAAAUCCUGCACCUAUUGAUUUUAUGGAGAGCAAGUAUGAAGCUUUGGUGGGGAGUUCAAGAAAUCAAGAUUUUCUUGGGAAUGUUGAUCAUCUAGGCAUGAUUAAUGGAUAUGGUGAGAUUAAUGGAAUUGCACCAAAUUAUCAUGCAGGGCUAUGCUCUACAUUUGGAUUGCCUAUGGAUGGGAACAUCAUGAAUUAUGAUGGGCAAAAUGCAAUUGAUGUGAAGCCAAAUCCUAAAGUUUUGUCACUUGAAUGGCAUGACCAAGGCUGCUCUAAUUCUGGGAAUAAAGAAUCUUUUGGCUACUUUAAUGGAGGACUAGGGUCUUGGACUGGUUUGAUGAAUAAUGGUUAUGGAUCAUCUGGGACGACGAACCCUUUAGUUUAAACUUUAAACUAAAUAAGUCUAGUGGUAUUGAUGGAAAGGAUGAAAAUCUCAAGAGAGAUUAAUAGAUGUUGGUUCAAUUUUCCUUAGUCUAAACUAAGUCAAUUUCACUUUAGCGACCACUUUCUAGUACGGUUGUAAUCUCAUGUUGUAUGAUGAGUGGUUGAGAUUAUCUUAGGCAUUAUUAAGGAAUUAUUAGGCCUGAAUUAUCCCCUACUUUUACCUAAAUUCCUCUGAUGGAAAGGUCUACUGGUUUUGUACUUAUCGUUUCUUUUGUGAAGGAUUUUGCCCUAGUUUAAUUAACAUGUUGAGUGUGAAUGGAAAUUGUAGAAGCUGUUCGUAUUCACGAGUCUUUGAUAUUCCAAUUUGUCAUUUUCCAAAUUUGGUCAGCUAGCAGUAUAUAUUACUAA